CCUGUGUUAUCUCAAGGAUAUUUGCCACUAAGCCGAAGAAAUAUUAGUGUCUAAAUUAUUUAGCCGGGUCAAUUUGAUAUCUGGACCACCAAAUGGGAUCGAUUGAUUGAUUAAUCGAUUGCUCCUCACAUUCACAUUCACACUGGCAUACAUACACACACAUAACCAGUGUAUCAAAACCAAAUAUGCCUCCUAAAGGAACCAGCACAGCAAAAGUACCCAUGAGGUUGCCACCACUGCCCAAAUUGAGGGUAAGGAGACCAAAUCAGACUGAUUCAAACCCAUGUCUGGCUAUCAUGACUUCUGUUCUCAGUAAGAAUUCCGCCGCACCACUUUAUUCGUUUUUGGCUGCGCAGAUACUGAUAUUCGUUUGCCAGCAUGCUGGGCAUCUUCUGGAUAUAAUGUAGCGGGAUGCCAGGCCCUUGAAACGCAAUUGAGAACUUGUAUGGAUGCGCCCGUAUGUUCUCCCGUCUUCUUCUCCUCCACCUCCAAGUAGAUCAAGGAUAUUACGACGGCCUACUAACACAAUCCACGUACAGAAAGCUGCAGCACAGAAAAAGAACACGAUUAAUUAUCACUUGUCACGGAUGUAUCCCAAGAUUGUUGGACCACGCAAGAAGAAAUGAAUGGAUUAGAGAAUAUUUUUACUAGGUGUUGAUGAAAUAAUGUCCGGCGUUAAGAGAGUAAGGAGAGACAUCGGAGGAUGUAUACAGGGUAUUCCCGUAACAGAAGAUAUGGCAGCCCAAGCAGUGUGAAAAUAUGUAGAAAGAGCAUGGAAGUGUAGACGUACUUGCAUGUACUUGUAUCAAGCAUCAUAAUGGGCUUGUGCAUAUUGC